AUGGAACAAACUCGCAGAGUCAAUCGAGGUUUGCGAUACCUCUGUCUGGAUCAGUACAAGGACUCAUCCCCUGAACUUGUCACAGCCAACAUCAUCAAACUUCGGCUGCUCCAGUCUUUCGACCUAGGUGUGGUACAUCUCCCAGCCCACCCUGGCUUUCCACACGAUGGUGCAGUUCGUAUACCACAAGACCCCUCAGAGCCUGUACGCCUUAUAUGGUUUGAUUUCGUGGUUCUGCUCGAGGACAAAAUCGACACCGCAACCCGAUACGGAACCAGAACGAUGACUCAAGUUGGAGAUUCAUCAUCACCGGCUUUCUAUAUUGUCAUCUUCCCAGACUCACCAGGCUAUAUGGCUAUCGUGCCACAUGCUGUUGCUUGGCGAGAAAGAGAGUCUGAUUCCUUCGAUAUAAUCGGCACUGGCAUAACAGGUCCCUACUUCCCGUACCUGAUGCCAGAGCAUCUUAUACCCCUGGCUCUUCAAAGGAUCUCGCUGAUUCCUUGGGGGAGCCUGUAUAUAAAUCCGGGAACUGACGUGGUAUUGAGCCGUUGGUUCCCAGUCAUGACAGAGUCACCAAGAGACUCGCCAAUUGUUCCUCUGCGCUCUGCAGCCCCUUCUCUGCAGUCGGUUUCAUCGAACAGCGCAGGCAAGAAACGUCGUCGUGAGCCGGACUCGGAGAAGGACUUUGCGAGGCCGGCUCCUGCAUUGAGAGAGACACAAUCUCAUGCGACUGUGCCUUCGUUUGAUAUCUCUGAUCUUGGGAUUGAUGCCGAUUGGACGGAGCAGGGUCUGUUCGGCUUUGACUGGCCGCCCUUGGAUCAACCGGUGCUCUCCGUGCCGCCGGGAACUGCUACUGAGUCGUUGCAGGGAGUCAGUAUUGCAGGUCAGCAACCGCUCGAGCCUAUAUAUCGGGCCUCAUCUCAAUUCGACGUCCCCUCAAGCGGUGCCGGAAUCGCUGGCGAGGAGCUUGGUUGGAUGGGAUAUGACCUGCCUGAGAUGUGGCUUGCCGGCUUCAAGGGUACUGGAGAAGAAGUUCAGUGGGGUGGUGAUUUGGCAGAGGUCUUACCAGCUACUCAAGCCGGCCCUGCGAUUGCCGUCGAUGCACGACAGUCCAAGCCAGCUGCCGCUUUGAGAGCGAUCGCACCUGCCCCUUUGAUUGUCGAGGCAGGUCCGAGUGACGUUUCUCCAGCCGCAGCAGCCGCUGCUUCUCCUUCUAACCCUCAUCAUUCAUCUCCCGCUGUGGUUCCUUCGUCUGAGGCAGACAACACAGGAUCCGAACUAGAAGAUGAUGAUGAGGCAGACGCCCCUCCACGUCGUCUCAUUGAGUUGCACCCUGAACAUCCAUGGUGCAACCAUAUAUACCUGCCUCCCUCCACACAAGAUGUACUGACUCAGCUCCUUGCACCAGACGCCGUCUGUCUACCCGUCAUCACUAAUCCCAGUGAUACCAUCGACGGCAAGCCCAUGCCUCUUUCCGUCCUUUCGAUCGCACACCCUUGUCUGCAUGUCUUGUCAAGCCGCUCAUCACCAGACACGUUCUUCUUACUUCCCAGCCGCUGGGUAGAUUUCUUCCACUGCAGCUUGACUCAACUGCUCAACAGUACGCAAGGAGAAAGUAAGAGAUCGGCUUUGCGUGGUGCCAACAAGAUCAUGACGGAAAAUCCGACUGUGAGCGAUGCGUUCAACAGGUACGGGAUUGAAGGCACGGUUGGAGCGGCAGCGCUGAGCUGGGGACUGUGGGAUGAGUGGAUAAGGGAGUUCAAGAGGAAGACUCCUCGUGGAAUGACGAGGGAGGAGGACAGGAAUGCUUGUUGCUCUGUGAGGGAAGUGUUGCAGGUCCAGGUUGAUUGGUCGAUGAGAAUGUUUGCUGAUAUAAGGAUGUGA